AUGGCCAUCGACGAAGUACGGGCAGAGGAGCUCAAAGCCCGGGUAAAGGAGCGCGAGGACCUCAUCCGCGAGUCGUGGGUGCGCGCGAUGGAGGCGAAGAUCGUCCGAGAGAACAUGCAGAAGUGCUACCGCAUCGAGGGCGUGAACCACGGCGAGAAGUGCAAGCACUUGGCGGAGAAGUAUACGCAGAUGCUGCAGGAGAACAAGGUCAAGGGCUACAAGCACAUUGAUGUAUAA